AUGUCCCCCUAUCGUCUAGUUUUUAGGAAGGCAUGCCACUUACCGGUGGAGUUGGAACACAGAGCUCAUUGGGCUAUCAAGACCCUUAAUUUUGACAUAGAGGCAGCAGGUGAAAAGAGGAUAUUACAACUCAACGAGAUGGAUGAAUUUCAGCAUGCAUCCUAUGAGAAUGCUCGCAUAUAUAAGGAGAGAACCAAGAGAUGGCAUGAUAGACACAUUCUCAAGAGAAACUUUGAAGUUGGCCAAAGAGUUCUACUUUAUCAUUUCAGACUUCGCCUCUUCCCUAGAAAAUUACGAUCUCGAUGGUCCGGAUCAUUCACGGUAAUAGGAGUUUUCCUGUAUGGUGCCAUUGAGGUUUCUAAUGACUCAAAAUGCACAUUCAAAUUUAAUGGUCAAUGUCUAAAGCCCUACUUUGAAGGAGAUUUCAACAAGCAAAAAGUCUCCAUUGAUUUGAUUGAUCAGUGA